AUGAAAGAAAAGGAACUGUUUGACGAAGUUGAAGCGACACAUGAGCACGUAAGGAUGGCCGAGGAGGAUGACUAUGAAGGAGGUGGUGUCGAGUCAGAUGUGGAUGCAUCGUAUGAGGGUGCACAUAUUCCUAUCGGUGGCAGAGACGCGGAAGAUUCGACGGGACGCCUUGCCCCACAUAGACGUGCAUCGCCUGCCGCGGUGCCAACUCGUCGAGCACACUCGCUCGCAUCGAUUCACGAUCCAGAUGCUCAUACACAGCCGACCCAAGACACGCUGCCUGUGUCGCGCCGGUGGCUCCAUACAUUUGGCCGUCGUGGUUCGUUCCACAAAUCGUCGCGUCGACAUCACAGUCCAAGUGCAUCGAGCUUUGACACGACAAAUGUCGAGAGCAUCGAUGGCCACUCGGAGCGUGGUUUUGGCGGCGCGGGUGGGAGAGCACUGAGUGUCUGGGUGUCGCAGGAUGACUAUGCGAUAGAUAUGCGGCUGACAAUAAAGCGCAGGCUUAUGGAGCUCUACACCUCGUUGAAUGAGCUGAAAGGUUUUGCCGAGCUGAAUCAAACAGGCAUGAAGAAAAUCCUUAAGAAGUAUGACAAGACAACAGGCAGCUCGCUCAAAGACCGGUACAUGGAGCAGGUGGUGAAAGUCAAGUACCCGUUCCAACCACAGACCAGCAAGUUGCUAGAGGAGCGUGUGGAUGAACUCGUUCACUUGUAUGCGCGUGUUGCGACCCGUGAUGAUGUAGAGCUUGCUGCUCAGCAGCUCCGCAUGCAGCUUCGUGAGGAGGUCGUGUGGCAUCGCAACACGGUGUGGCGUGAAAUGAUCAACAUUGAGCGCCGAGCGCAGGCCGCGUCACUGGAGAAGGGCUUGAUGGGCCUCACAGGCGGGCAUCUGCUUAAUGAGCAGCCAGAGCUGCCCAGGGUGAUUCGCACACCAUUCGGCUCUUUUGUUGUGCCAUCGUUCUGCACGGUAGGCACAUUACAGCUGACUGCAUCGCUCGUGUUGUUUGUCGCGUUGCUCAAGGUGCCGGCGCUGCGCUUUUUUGAGCGCAUUGAAGUACAGAACUGUUUUGCACUUCUUGUCCUGUGUACGUGCCUGUGGGUGACAGAGGUGGUCGAGCUGUUCGUCACGUCGUUGCUGGUACCGUUCUUAAUUGUUACGCUUCGUGUUGCGCGCGAAGGCGAGGGCGAGGGGCGUCGAUUGACGGCGCCCGAGGCGAGCAAGUGGAUUUUUGCCCAGAUGUUUGCGCCAAAUGUGUCGCUGUUAUUGGGCGGAUUUACUCUCGCAGCGGCCUUGUCCAAGUAUGGGAUCGACAAAGUGAUUGCAACACGUGUACUGCAGUACGCCGGGACACGGCCUAGCGUAGUUCUGUUGGCGCACAUGCUCGUUGCGUGCUUCGCAAGUAUGUGGAUCUCGAAUGUGGCAGCGCCCGUGCUUAUGUUCUCGCUCGUCCAGCCGAUUCUGCGCAAUCUGCCUCCAAAGUCACCGUACGCGACAAGCAUGGUGAUGGGCAUUGCGCUCGCAUCGAACAUCGGCGGGCAGACGUCGCCGAUCGCGUCGCCACAGAACCUUAUUGCUCUGCAGUACAUGGACAAGCCCCUUGGCUGGGUGCAGUGGUUCGCCAUUACGAUUCCUGUGAGUGGUACGUCGCUCCUGGUGCUGUGGCUUUUGCUGCUAUGGUCGUUCGGCACAGGCUCUGGCGUGCACAUCAAGCGGAUUCCUGAGACGGACAAUUCAUUUUCACGUGCGCAAUGGUUCAUAUCGGCCGUGUGCUUAGGAACGAUCGUGCUGUGGUGUUUCCAGAACCAGAUCCAGGGCAUGGUUGGCGAUAUGGCGGUAACGGCAAUCAUCCCGCUUGUGCUCUUCUUUGGCACGGGUGUGCUGACGAAAGAGGACUUUAACAACUUUUUGUGGACGAUUGUAUUCUUGGCCAUGGGUGGCAUUGCUUUGGGCAAGGCGGUCGCAUCAAGUGGCCUUCUGAAGAGCCUUGACUCGUUCGUUCAGAACGAAGUGAAUGGCCUGCCGUUGUGGGGUAUUUUGGCAAUCCUUGUAGGAGUGGGACUUGUUGUUGCUACAUUUAUCUCCCAUACGAUUGCGGCUGUCCUACUUGUGCCGAUCGCUGCACAGAUGGGCGCGAAUCUGGUGGAGCCACAUCCACGCUUGUUGAUUAUGGCGACGACGCUCACGUCAAGCGCUGCGAUGGGUCUGCCUAUCUCUGGAUUUCCGAACAUGACAGCGAUCAAUCUCGAAGAUGAGGUUGGGCAUCACUACGUGUCCGUCAAGACGUUCUUGCGCGUAGGCAUUCCUGCAAGUGUCUUGGCUACGAUCAUCAUUGCGACGCUUGGCUAUGUCAUUAUGCUCUUGCUCGGGUUGUAA